UAUGGAUUAAGAUGUAAAAACUAUUUUCUAAAUUAGAUAUUAGGUUACUAUCUAAGUAUGAGACUUUUAUUAAGUGCUUACAUUCUGCUUGACACAUCAAAAGUAAUUUAUUUUGCAUUUUGCCUCUUUUAUUUCCUUUUUAGGACUCAUUUUUACUCAUAACCGUUGGCAUAUCUAACCAUAUUUGGAUAUUUGAUCUUGAUUAUACGAAGUAAUAAUUUGAAUUAAUAAAUAAGCUCUGUAUUUAAAGCAUAAAACACCAAACAUAGAAAAAUAUUAGAUUGCUCAAAUUUUUGAUUUCUUUUAAGAAUCCCUUCCUAUAUCUGUUUGUAUUAUCUAAGAUGAAUGUAUGAUAUGAAUUUAAUAUUAGAAUACAAGUUCAUGACUAAUUAAUUUAAAAUUGAUUAUUAUGGACUUACUCCUUAAAUUAUCAAGAAUAUUACAUCUAAAUCAAAUAAAGAAUGUCUAGGGACUUAUUUAAAUAAAAAAAAGUUUUAAAAAAAAAGAUAAUAUUAAUAUCACAGUAAAAAACGAUUUGAACAUUGUACUCUUGAAUCAUUCACUCCUACUUUGUAAGAAAAAGAAUAAAUUAAAAAUUACUUUCCAGCUGAUAUUGAUGUUCUUGAAGUUAUUUGGGAAUAAUAACCAGCCAUUAUGUUAAUAUUCUAAUCUUAAUAUGAAAAAUAAUAAUAAUAAUAAAUUGAAGAAUUAAAAUUAAGGGAUUAAUAUAAAGAUGAUCUUUUAGUAAGUGUGUCACAUGAUUUUAAGACUCCCAUUAAUGGAAUUGUUGCUAUUGUUUAAUAUUUAGAAUAGUAUUUAUAUUAAUAAUUUCUAUAGAAUAGUAGUUGAUUAAAUCGAAAUUAAUUAUUUAAUUAUAUUAAAAAAAUGGGCUUAAUUAUUGUUGUAUAUGAUUAGUGAUAUAUUGGAUUUUUCUAGAAUUCAAAAGAACACUUUAAGAUUAACUAAUACAACUUUCUAUAUCUAAGCAAUAGUCUAAGAAAUUAUUGAUUUAGUAUCCUUAUAAGCAAAUCAAAAGGGUAUUAUUGUUUAAAAAAAGAUUACAUUUGGAGAUAGAUUGAUGUAUUCUGAUCCUAAUCGAAUUAAAUAAAUUUUAUUGAAUCUUCUAAGCAAUUCUUUAAAAUUUACAGAAAAAGGUAAAAUAGAUAUUGUUGUUGAUUAUAAAAAUAGUGAAAUUGAAAAUUAAUAAGUUAGACUAAUUACAAUAAGUGUUUCAGAUACAGGAGUAGGUAUACCUGAUAAUAUUAAACCUAAAUUAUUUUAAAUGUAUGGAACAUUUGAUUUUACUAAUAAUGGUUCAAAUAAACAUGGUAUAGGAUUGGGGUUAGUUAUUUGUAAAAAAUUAGUAGGAUUAUUAGGACCAACUGAUAAUAUUGAAUUAAUAAGUCAAGUUGGAAUUGGUUCUAAAUUUAGUUUUGAUGUUUACAUUAAUAAUGAUUAAAGAAAUUUGACAACAAUUACUAAUUCAAAAGAAAUGACUACUUUUUAUAAAUAAGAUACAAAAUAAAUGUCAUAUGAUUAAAAUUCUGCUAAUUAAUUAUUAACAUCAUAAUUCACUAUUUUUAAUUAAUCUCUUUUAGCACCUUCUUUACAAAAUUAAAAAAAAUUAAAUAAAAAAACUAUAUCAACUCUUUAAGAAAUUCAAGAUAAAAAAUUAUCUAAUUCUAUAUAUUAAUUAAGAAAGGUUUAGAGAAAAAAAACUUAAAAAAAAUCUUUGAUAAAACGUGAAAAUUAAGCAGGAUUAUUUAAUUUAUGCAGUGUAGAAGAUUCUGAUCAUUCUAAAUCAAAAAAUAUAGAAUAAUAUCUAGAAUUAAGUAGUGAAAUAACACAUGCUAAAUAAAUUUAUAAAAUUAAUAAAUAAGUAGAUAAUAAUAGUCCCUUAAAUACACCAGGAUAUCAUAUUGAUAGUACAGAAUCACCAGCAAUCUAAAAUAGAUAAAGGAAACCUUUACAAAUAACAGAAUCUAUAGAUGAAAUGAUGAGAAUGCUUUUUCCAGACCCUUGUACUAUUUUAGUUGUUGAUGAUUCACCUGUUAAUGUAAUUGCAUUUAGAUUAAUUUUAACAAAAUAUGAUUUUAUUACAGUUGAAGAAGCUUAUAAUGGAGAAUAAGCAAUUUAAAAAAUAAAAUUAGGUAUGAUGAAUGAUCAAAGAUAUUAAUAUAUAUUUAUGGAUUUGACCAUGCCAAUUAUGAAUGGAUAUGAAGCUACAGAAUAGAUUCGAUUGUUGGUAUUGAUAUUAUAUAAUCAAGUAUAGGAAACCAACAAUCUCCUUCCAAAAAGUUAUAUUAUUGCAUUAACUGGAUAUGAUGAUUUGAAAGAAAAAGAGAAAUGCCAAUAAAAAGGGUUUGAUGCUUUUGUAUCAAAACCAAUCAAAAUUAUAGAUAUAAUCUCUGUAAUUAAUGAAGUCAAAAAUUCAAAGGAACCAUAAAUUUGA